AUGCUUGUGAAGUUGCAGGUUUUCGAUCGAAUCCUUGUUUACACCAAAUUCCCGGACCUAGUGCUGUGUAUUACAUGUAAGCACAAUUGGGAGAGAGUUUAUAGCAGCACGUACAAGCAGCUCUGUGGUCAUGACCCCGGCGACCGUGCCCUAUGUCAGCCAGCUCCAGGCCCUGUAGCUCAGCUGCCCAGCGACAGGACCGCUGUAACCAAGGCCGCUGCAAUCCGGCGUGCACUGCUCCCAGCGGCCCACCCAGCUGCACCUGCGCUGCAGGGCUCCAUUUGCAGCGUCUUCCUAGAUCGAAAUUGGCCCGUUCUGCCUAGAAGUUACCCACGCAGUACAGCCUUCACCACCACCGUUGCCAGUCGCCAUACUGUACUUGUACCGGCUGGGCUUCCUCUCCGCCUUUGCGCUCCCGUCCAAAGUUCCAACUCUGUCUCUUUCUUCCUCGUCCUCUUGGCUGCUUCAUCGUCCAUUGCCUGCCGCACAGCCGCCGUGUCCGCCCUUGGAUCGCUGGUUGAUGCUCAGUGGAGCUGCAGGACAAGACUUGCCUCCCUUGUUUGUCGCCUGUCCCUCUCCUUUGCCUUGCGUUUUGCCGUUGCUCUGCGUUGGCUUUUGCUGUUCCGCAGCAGCUUUGGAGAUCCAAACGCUCACCCGCCGCCCACGCCGAAGCAGACUCCAACCUCGGGUGCCUUUCCAAGCCCAAUUUUCGAGACGCCGAAACCUCCCCAGGGAUCCUUCGCCGACACCAGCGGCCUGACGCCUCGCUUUGCUGAGGAGUAUUCCGUCUUCAACGCCACGCCGGGCAAUCUGCGAGGGGCUCAGUUCCCCUUCGCAGAUUUUGUGCCCACCACUCCCUUCGCACCCGCCUUUCUAGGGCACAAGCGACAGCUGUCCGCCGACGAGCACGCCGUCGAGAGGCUUGCCAUCGAGAUUGCAACCCGAGCCAACAUCCCGCCGUCGAAUCCCAACCUUCCACCGCCGCCCGUUGACCCGUCUCGACGCCUGCCCUCCUCGCCGGCGGCUUUGAUAUCAUCUACAAAGGCCGCUGUCCACUCCGAAGCCCAACUCGGCCCUGCCUUUUCCUCCUCCUCGCAUACCAAGUCGCCGAAGAAGCUCCGCCGGGGUACAAUUGAGGGAUCCGACGCAGCCCAACCUCUAUCGCCGCCGCCGUCGGCUCACAAGAGCGACCAGAAGCUCGCUCCCAAGAUCAAUAUGCAAGAUGACCAGAGCUAUGGUCACCCAGACUUUGGCGACGGCUUCCAGGGCAUGACGGGCAUGAUGGGCGGCGCCGAAGACAUGUUUGUGUACCCAAUGUCUGCUCCCCCGGGCCAGGCCAACUUCUGGGACCCCGCCAUGGGAAUGGACUUGGACUUCAGCACAGCAGGCGCCGCCUUCUUUCAGCCCUCGCACCGCCACACCGGUUCUUUCGACUGGAACAGCGAUAUCCAGCUCUUCCAAGAUCCUGUACCGCCGCCUCCCCCGCCAUCAUCAAACCAAGAGAAUGUCCAGCCGCAUGCCCAACACAUCAGCCAGCCGGCCCGGAGGGAGAGGAUGCUGGCGCCCAAACCGCCCAUCUCUACGGGGCAGACUACGGCUCCCAUGACCGCAUCUGCCAUGUUUCCAACAUCCAUGGAAGAUUCGUUUGGCUUGGCAACUCCCAUGGAAGGCGUGGACCCGGGGCUGCUAUACAGCCGGCCCCCGACGUCCUCAAUGACGGCCGAAUUUAACCACAUCAACACAUCGUCCGCGGACAUGAUGCCCAUUGCGGAAGCCAGCGGCAACUCCCGUGUGAUGGCCCAGCCUCGCCGGACUAAUAGCAUGAAGGAGACGAAAAGAGGCAAAAUGCCGGAUCGUUCCUAUACAAGCUCCCCCGUCAAGGCUAUGAGCCGCCCAGAAUUGAAUCGCAGCCUAAGUGAGACCCGGAGCAAGAAGGCAAUGGGCCGGGGCGCAUUGCCGACUUUGGCAUCCGCCUCAAGGCUGUCGUCAUCACAGACUGGGGGCAUGAGUGUCAACACAGAUGUGGGAAAGUCGGGAUCGCAGCUCUCUAGGUCUGGGAGGAUGUCGCCCCUCAAGAGUCAGCGACGGCUGUCGAGCUUGGCGUCUAUUCCCGAGUUUGCCUCUCAACCCCAGCUUCAUCGGCCACGAACAUCAGUAAAGUUCACUAUAGAUGCACAUGGGCGAGCUCGAGCGGAAACGACAGUCGUGGUAGAGGACUCUGGGAGCAUUACUCGUAGUCGAAGCUCUCGAGAGCUCUCAUCAACGCGGAGAAGCUGGGAAUCUUCUGAUGAUGAGUCCUCUACGGACGAGGAGCCAAUCAUCAUUCCCAGCCGAGCUAAUUCCUUCAAUGCAUCCUUUGCCUUGCCUGACCCACGUAAGCCAGUGGGCUCAAUCUUCCAUUCAGGUCGGCGGAGCAUCAGCGACAGGAGCAGGAGUGCGUCGACCCCUUCUCUCGUGACGCCAAUCGAUGGGGAGAGCGAGGCGGAGACAAUCAUGACUGAUCAUCACGAGAGGGGAGGAGAUGCAGCAAGCGAGUUGCGUAAAGUGGUAGAAGACCGACAGAAGCGAUCCAUACAGGAGAAUACUCGAUCACACCAGCGCAUUCUGACCUCGAGUGGUUCUGGAAAUUAUAAAAACAGUGCCAUAUCCCCAAUCAGCAUGGCGGACUCGAACUACAGAACGGAAGGACAUAGGAUUCGAUGCGUGUGCAGCAGAAAUGAGCCCGAUGAAGACAAUGGUUAUAUGCUUCAGUGCGAGUCAUGCGAGAUGUGGCUGCAUGGCAAAUGCGUCAACAUUAGCAGACGUACCAUGCCCAGCGUAUACAUCUGUGGCUACUGUGCCAACACGCCUAAUGUUGCGGCACGGCGAGCACAGCAAAACAUUGGCCGAGGAGGCAGUGGAGGGCAGUCGGCGUCAUCAUCUCUGCAAAGCAAGACGCUUCGGACCCUUCGAUAGGGGGAAUUGUGGUAAAAAGAGAAAGUGUGCGCCCGCGUAUGAACGUGUGAGCGUGCGAGGAAAAACAACCAAGGGACAUAUUAUAUCUGAUUUUAACAAGAAAACAAGCAAGCAGAGACACAGGUUGGGCAAAGCAAAGGAAAAUUUUUUUAAUGCGUUAUGUUGAAUAAGAUUAAACAGGGCUCUCCGCCAACUACUUACUUUACUAUUCCUAGAGAAUCAUGUAGACGAGCUGCAGAAUGUUGUACAUAGGGGAAAGAUACCCUAAUGCUAUAUUGUUUGGGG